AUGUAUAAGAUAAAACAAACCAACGUACCUCCGCAUAAAGGCAAUGAAGAAAUUGUUACAGAAAAUGUAAUCGAAAUGAGUCACAGUACUGUUUCAAACUCAGAGCUAAUUACUACUUCGUCAAAAGAAAAUAUCACUCAGGAAGCUCCACAUUCUGAAAUAUCUUCAACAGUACAACGACUUGCAACUUCAAAGCUGAACGAAUAUACAACUUCAGUAGAACAAGAAGAAUCUGAAGAAACCUGUAGCUGCUCUUCAGCUAAACACAUUUCAUCAGCGUCGGAAUCGAAGCAAGUAGAAACUCUGACAACAAACGGCAACGCAUUCACUUCAAAACACGGUAAGACAAGUGAUUUAAUUCUUCAGUCAGAAGUCUCAGCUGAAGGUACGACCAGUGUACAACUAAGAGUGACUGAAACAUCUAUUACCCAAGAAGACCUUAAACAGCAAAGCGGAGGCGUCCCGUCACAAACUGCUCUCGAAAUAACAUCUCAUGUUCUCAGUUUCGAACCAAAUGUAAAGACUGAGCUUCCCAGAAAUGAAACAUCGGAAGGACACUCAAUGCCUGCUACUCCAGAAGAAAUAGAAACUUCACUUGGUUAUUCCAUAGAGCUUCCUGGUAUGAUUUCUGCUACACAAAUGCAAACGAGUGACAAUUCUGCUGCAACAGACGAAGGUAUAGAAAAUACAAGUUGCUGGGAGAUUAGUGAGUUAUCUGACAAUAGCACCACAGAAUCUUCCGAAAUCGCAGACCUAACAUCUAACGAAGAAAGCACCAGUAGACAGAUUUCUACUGAGAAUAAUACUGAAACACUAGCUUCUGUUAAUCAACCCACUGAGUCAAAUACCAGUCAAGUACAGAAAGAAACAUCUGUAGAACAUGAGACAACCAGUGAAAUGGCAUCAGAGAUUGCAACCUUGACAAAUGAAACACGCCAGACUUCUACCUUAGAAGAAUGUGAAGAAUGUGAAGAAAAUAUCACGGAAACAUUGUUCAACAUACAACCGACAGCUGGUUCAAAUUUGCAUACCACAAAAAUAUCUGAAACCGUAAUUGGAGGUUUUGAAAUAUCACACAAAGCUAAUGGAGGAAUAUCUUCUACUACGACACUCGAAGAAUUGUCAUCAAAACAAAAUAUUGCAAUAGAUACAGAGAUGACUACUGCUAUAUCGUCAUCCAUCAAGGGAGAAGUGGUAACUGCAGAGACCCACGUAAAUGAAGGAACAGUACAUGAAGGCUUGGAAAUAUCCAACACAGAUAAGAAAGGAAUAACUUCGGAGGUAUCAUCAAUACAAAGUAUUGCGAUGAGUUCAGAAAGUGCCACCUCGAUAGUUAGUGAAGUUGUUUCCUUGCAGAAUCCAACAGAGAACAACGGAUCAACUCCAGAAAAAGCACAUGAACCGAACGUUGAAGAACCACAAGUUACAUCUACUCCAUCUAUCACAGAAAUAACGACAGGUGAAACUCAUGUAACUACAGCUGUGUACGAACAGACCUUAAUAACUUCUCCAGGUUCCGAAAUGAUAAACACCGCAAAAGAAGGACCGUCUAUCACAACUAUUGGGGAACCCACCUCAAAACAAAAUAUCAACAUGGAAACAGAAACAUAUACUAACACCGUUAGUGCUACUACCUCACUACAAAGUCCAACAGUAAAUAAUAGUGUACAUUCAGAAGAAACACUCGCACCAAAAACUGAGAACGGUACAGCUAGAGGUACAUCUGAAAUACCACACACUGGAAAAGAGGGGAUGCUUUCUACUAUGACACAAAGCAUUACAAUGAACAACGAAACGACUACUGUUACUCAAGUUGCUUCAAUAAAAACCUCAACAGAACCAAAUGGAACGUCUUCAGGAGAAGCAUCACCAGGCCGUUCAACAGCUGCUGAAGAAGUAAGUGAAGAAUACUAUAGAACCGCUACGUACGAAAUCAAUGCAAACACUUCAGAAAUUAUAAAAGGGAAAGAAGGAAGCAUUGACGUAAUUUCAAAUGUCGCCGAUGAAAAUAUGACACGUCAUCCAACAAUAUAUCUUGACUUCACUUCAAGUGAAUCUUCCAGUACGCAGGAGGUGGAGAAAAAUCUUGCCAUAACCUCAAAUAUGGUAAAUAUAGGCAGUACAACCUUCAUUACUGAGUCAAAUGCAGAAUUAGAAGAACAAAGCAAUACAACAGCACUUUCCAGCGAAACCAACAUCAAACUUACCAGUACUCCUUCUAAAACAGCUUUACCUGAAGGAAAUGACAGAGGACCUACAGAAAUAACAAAACUGAUUACCUAUUUACCUUCCGAAAUCCCUGAGACCAAACAAGCGUAUAGUUUAAAUUCAAAUGAACAAUCUACUGUAUGGAAUCAAUCUACUUCAAUAGAGCAGAUCGCAAUACAACAUUCGUCUGUGACUUCCAAAACUGAACCCUCCGUGAUAUUAGAUCAAUCACUAGAGACCACAACACUAUCUAUAACAGGCUCUGUAUUUACUGGCAUUGCAAAUACAACUGAAGCAACUGCGGUAAUGGCAACUUAUAUAGGUGGAGGUGGAUCUGCAACAAAAAUUGAAGUUACUGAACAUGGUAGUACUCCUGGAGUUCAAACGUCUGUAGAAAGUCAAUCUACACGUCAGGAGUUCAGCAGUGCGAAAACUGAAGAGAACGUAGGUGCAAUUGAAGCUGGUAGUACAGAGCAAUAUGCUGGUACUGUGGAAGGUCAUUCUACAACAACAGUUGAAAUCAACAGCUUAUCCGUAGAAACCACAUCGACUUCAAUUGAAAUAGACACUAAUGCCAUGGUUGGUGAAGCAAGUACCAUACACUCCAGUAUUGUAUCAACAGAACAAACUAGCUCAUCAAUCACAGGUAGCAUAGCAUAUACAAUCACUGAAGGUCAACGUCCCUUACUUAACAAUGUAAGUGAAGCAACUUACUAUAUUGAAACAUCUUCUAAAGCGCCUAGCGUAGAUUAUACCAACAAGCCAUCAGAAUACUCAUCACAGUUUUCAAUGGAAACUGGUACCUAUUUUGGAACAUAUACUGCAUCAAGUACCAGUGAAAGUGAGAAAGGUACUACAAAAACGGAAUCAAAGACGCAUUCUAUGGAAUCUGAGGUAUUAGGCACCACUACAAAUUUGCAUGAUACCCAAGAAACGCUUACAGAUACCGCUGCUUCAUCCAAUGAAGCGAUUCCUGUAAACGUACCUUCAUUGAUCAAUAAUGCAGAGCCAAAUAGUGAAGUAACUUUAAUAACAUCAGAAGGAGCAACAGAGCUUCUUGGCACGGUUUCAAACACGCAAAUGCAAUCAGGUAAUAAUUUUACAGACGAAUAUAUAGAGAGUACGAGUUGUUGGGAGAUUAGUGAAACACCUGGUAAUAAUACUGUCACAGAGGUCACACAAAUUGGAGGAUCAACUUCCAGCAAAGAAAAAAUGAGCGAAAUUACUCAUGAAUCUACACAAGUUAGUCCGUCAACUGGUCAUCCCACUGAAUCUAAGUCCAGUCAAAUUUCUGAAAAUCAUUCCACCGAAUUACAGAAAGAAACUGCGGAACAUGAGGUGACUGGUGGAAUAGCAUCCGAGGGUCAGUCGCAAAAAAAUGCUGAGACACUGAAUGAAGGAAUGACCCAGAGUAUCCUUCCCUCUAAAGGAAUGUCAAUCGAACAAAGUCAAGUUUCUACAAACGGCAUGGAAAAUGAAAGAACAGGAGCAACUAUAAGCCAGUUUGAAAAUACAACCGAAGUCUCAGAAAUGAGAGCCUCAAGCAGUACUCCUUUUAGACAUUCAUCCACUCACGGAGAAGUUCCCUAUCAAACCGCAACAAAACAGGAAAGCUCAACGACAAGGGAGCCUAGUGAAGAAAGCAAUGAAGGUCAUUCGACAGGAGAUUCUCAAGCUGGAACAAGCGUAGCGCCUUUAGAAAUAGUAUUACAAACUACAGAGUAUCCAGAUACUAAAGAAACCUCAAAACAAAGUACCAUGGAAACUGGAGCAACAAGUGAAGGUCCUUCAGAAUCCUUAACAGUCAAAAAAGAGGAUGUUUCAGGAACUCAUUCGGUAGGGACUACGAGAACUUCUGAAGUGACCAGUAUAUAUGUGACCGAAGUAACUGUUGAACAAACAGAGACAUUUUCAGGUGGAGUUUCACUUCAAGAUCAUUCCUCAGAGUACCCAGAGAAUGCGAGUAUCUCAAAGAAAACAACCUCAAGUAACGAAACGACUACCCAGAUAAAUGUAGGUUACGAACAUCACUCGUCAUCUCUGACUGAAUCAGAAGAAAAAUCACCAGAAUUAUCAACAGCUUCCGAAAAACUAAUUGCUCAAGAGCAUUCUAUGGGAACCGGAUGUACAGAAUUUAAUGAAAAUAUGGAGACAACCACAAAUCGAAUAAGUUCCGUAGAAGAAUUCUAUGGAUCUCAUAUGCCUACAACAGAAAUGGGAAGAACAGGGGAGCACUUCUCUGUGACACAGAGCAUCCAGCAUACUGCUUUAAGUACGGGAGAGGUAGGAACAAGUUUUAGUGUUCAUCCCAUGGAAACCCAACAGCCAAAAGUCUCAAGUGCAAGCACUACAACCACUUCAUCUCAAGUGCCUACCUCAGAAGUAAUAGUGACUCAUACUAAGUCUCAAGUGUCAGAGCUUUCAAGUAUAUCUACGUCAAUAUCUGACCACACUGGUUCAGAAACUCAUGUUCAGACCAAUGGGAAUACCACUGGUGUCACUAUAAGACAAUGCGAAUGUCACAUCGUUAAUCAAACCAAUGUCAUACCAAACAAAAGAGUUGAGGUCAAAAUAUACAUCCAAGGCAAUUCUUCAGAGGAAACUAUCCAGAUUUUAACUGAGAAUAUACCUGUAAGUAAAACAGAUACACCUGGCCUAACCAAUGAACCUACAAAGAAACCUGAUCAGUUUGUAUCAGAAACAAGUGCAUUUGCUCCAGAUCACCAUACUUCCACUGCUGGAAAGGUGUCUGCUAAAGCUACAGCAAUGUCUGAAGCUCAGAUCGAUCAGACUGUUGCAUUUCCAGAGAUCCCUGCCAGUAAAGCAACGAUAACGGUCAGAGAUGUUCACGACGAGGAACCCUUGGAUGAGUUCGCUUUCAGUAGACAUGAAACAUCUACUAUAUGUGAUGAAUGCCAACAUGGCAAAGCUGGAAAAGUCAAAAAAAAGAAGCCUGAAGAAUCUUCGGAUGCAUUCGGUUUCAAUAAACACGAAACGUCUACGAUAUGUGAAAUGUGUCAAUCUGAGCAAGGGACUUCUGAAGAAAAAAGCAAGCCUCAAAGUAACAUGGACAUCGUAGAAGAACUAGAUGAGUUUAAUUUCAAAGGCAAAGGUGAGACAUCUACUUUAUGUGAAAUAUGUGAAAGUGGAGAAGAAGCUGUAACUAAUAAGCAUGAUCUUGCUACUCCAUCACCAGCCCCAAGCCCAAAAGAAGAAAUGGAUGCAUUCAAUUUUCAUAAUAAGCACGAACCUACGCUAUGCGAGCUAUGCUCAGAUUUGGGUACCACCAUACAAAAUACUGAACCGUUAUUGACCUCUCAGGGACCUGCAGAGAAACAGAAUGAAAAAACUAUCUCUCAGAAAUUUGAAACAGUGGUUACAAGCAAUGUUGUAGCCACGAGUAGUAGAAAGCAUGUCACCUCAACCUCAGGAGAGGAAUCAACUCCAUCAAUUCAAGAGCAUGUAACUGGAACAACUGAAAUUGGAGAAUACAAAACUACUGCUGAAAAGCAAUCGACAGUUUUGAAAAGCAUUGGAGGAAGUACAACAAACGGGAACCAAGGAACAACUAAAGGUAAUUCAGAGAGUCAAGAAAAGAAAGCCAGCCCCACAACUGAAACAUGGAAAGAACAAGAAGAGGAUAUUACUGUAGAGGUAACCGUAACAGUACAUAAUACUGAACAUCUUGGAACGUCUUCAUCAACAACAGGAUCCCGUACCGAUUCAGGCACGCAGGAAGAGUCUGAGUCAGAACAGACCACUUACAGUGGAGAAACUGUUCUCACUAGCGCGAGAUUUGAACAAGCCACUGAUUCUGUAAUCACUGUGGUUACUGAAAACGGUGUUUCUCUUUUUGAGGCCUCAAGUAACAGAAAACAUCUCACCUCAACCUCAGAAGAAGAACUAAAUGCAUCAGCUGAAGAACAUAAAAUAGAAACAAUGGCGUCAAUACAACCUACUGAACCUCUUGGAAGGACUGCAAAAACGACAGAAUUCCAUACAGAGAUUUCAACGAUAUAUGGAAAACAUGCAACUGCUGAUCAAGAGGAAUCUGAACUAGAACAGACGACCAGCAGGGGAGAAACAGUUCACAAGAGCGAAACAUAUGAACAGUCCACUGCUCCUGAAGAAGUUACCGAAAAUAGAACUUCCAGAAAAUAUCUCGUCUCAGCAUCAGAAGAAGAGCAAGGUACUUCAGCUGAAGCAACUGAAACUGGAGAACACCGAUCUCAUCAUGAAAGGCAAACAACACUUUCUAAAAACAUUGAAGGAAAUACAGCAUGGGAAAAAUUAGAUGAAAAUCAAGAAACAACAAAAGGUACAUCAAGGAAUCACAAACACUAUUCUAUGUUCAAAACUAAAACAUGGAAAGAAGAAGAUGAAGACAUGACUGCAGAAGUUACGGUGUCAGUACGACAUACCCAACAUCCUGGAACAUCUAGUAGAACUACAGGGUUCCAUACCAGCUCCGAAAGUUCAAUGACAAUUGGAGAACAUACAACAGAAACUUUUGAGGAGGAAUCUGAACCAGAACGAAGCACUGUGGUAAAAACAGUAUAUACUGAAGAAGUUACUGAAACAGCAUCUGGAAUAAAUCCUGGAGAGAGAAACUCUUUCUCGACUGAGGAGACUGAAGAGCCUGGACACAUAGUUGCUGAAAAUUUUAAAACGACUAAAACAACCACAGAGGAAGUAACUCAGGAAGAACUUUCAAAUAAAGGAAGCAAACAAAGUAGUGAAGUGUCUACUAGCGUACCUACUAGCGAAGGCAGCACAUCAUCAACAGAACAAUCGGGAGAAGUUUCAAGAGCAGAAACAACCAAGAAUGUAGAAAUUCAGGAAGAAACCUCUACUGAAGGAAAUAAGCUACGUACUGAGAUAUAUACUAAUGAAUCUGCUAAUGAGGAAAUUCAUGAACGCCCAUCAUCAGAAGGAACUGGAGAGUCUACUAGUGAAUCUACAAGCGAAGAAAUCUCAAUGGUAGAAACAACCAAGGAAGCAGAAGAACCUUCAGCUGAAAAAAGUACCGAGGUAUCUGCUAGCGAGUCCUCUAGUGAAGAAAACAACAUAUCAACUAUAGAGAAAGCUGAAGAAAUAUCAACAGGUUCUCAGACUAAGGAAGAAACAGGAAUGUCCAAAACAGAAGCAGAUCAUGAAGGUAGAAGCACUACAUCGCCUGAAGAAAAUCAAGAGACUGAACAUACAGUUGUUGAACAUAAGACAAGUACUAAGAAGAUUGCUGGUGAAACUGCUAAUGAGGAGGCAACAUCAGAAGAAGUUUCAAUGACAGAAACAGGUUACGAAGAAAGAAGCACUACAUUGCCCGAGGCAAAUGAAGAGACUACAGUUCUUGUACAUAACCCAAGUACUAAAGAAUCAACUAGUAAAUCUGUUAGUGAGGAAGGUAUUCUCUCAACUACAGAAAAAUCAGGCGCUUUAACAAGCUCUCAGUAUGAAAAAACAACAGGAGUGACGGGGGCAGAAACAAAUAUUGAAAGAGGAACCACUGCAACACCUGAAGAAAAUGAAGAGACUGAACGUACAGUUGCUGGGAAUAAGCCAAAUACUGGAAAGACUACUGGUGAAUCUACUACCGAAAAAAACAACAUAUCAACUACAGAAAAAUCAGAAGUUUCAACGAGCUCUCUAUAUAAGCUAAGUACCAUGAAGUCUACUAGUGAAUCUGCUAGUGAAGAAGGCAAUUUGCCAAUUACAGAAAAAUCAGAAAUUUCAACAAGGUCUCAGUCUGAGGAAAGCACAGGAGGAUCGAUUACAGAAAGCCUUGAAGGGAAAAGCACUGCAUCGCCUGAAGAAAAUGAGGAGACCGAACAUAAACCAAGUACUAAGAAGUCUACUAGUAAAUCUGCUAACGAGGACAAGUCAACUACAGUAGCAUCAGAAGAAAUUUCAAUGACAGAAACAGGUUUCGAAGGAAGAAGCACUGCAUUGCCUGAGGAAAAUGAAGAGACUACAGUUCUUGAACAUAACCCAAGCACUGAGAAGUCUACUAGUGAAACUGUUAGUGAGAAGGGCAAUCUUUCAACUGCAGAGUCGAAAACAGAAACAAAUGUUGAAGGAAGCAAAACUGCAACACCUGAAGAAAAUGAAGAGACUGAACAUACAGUGGAAAUUGAAAGGGAACCAGCAACAAAAAGUAAACCAAGUAAUGAGGAGUCUACUAGCGGAUCUGCUAGUGAAGAAGGAAGUACGUUGUCAAACAUAAGUCACUCUGAAGGUUUAACGUUGAAGCAUCAUUUGACUUCCACUGUACUAGGGAAUGAAUCUGUAUCGAAUUUACCAGGCCAUACAAUGAGCCAACCUACUGAAGUUGAGGAGGAAUUCUACCAUUUCUCGAAAAACGGGGGGAGUACGGUGUGUGAAACAUGUAAAGGAACAUCUGAAACAGCCGACCAUGGAAGAACAACAUCCACCAACUUAAAAUCAGAACAAACUGUGAGUGAACAAAGCACAGUGAAGGUGUUCACAGCAUCUGGUACCGAAGAAAAUCAGGAAGGGAAUAGUCAUCCGCUAGUAGAAAAAACAACUCUUCCAGAACUUGAGAACAAUAGUAAAAACGGUAACAGGCUGACUCAUUCCGAAAAGAGCUCAGAUAUUGCCUCAGAACCCAACAGUAAAGGCACCGCAAGCAUCAGUAGCUAUGAAUCUACUACACCAGAGCUUUUAACAAAUUUUGCAAGCGAAAACUAUAAAGCAAUUACUUCCUCCAAAGAAAUGUUGAGUACCAAAGAGGAACAACCAAGUGAAGUUUCUGGACGUACUAGUCUUGUACCAUCAGGUAAAAAAGAUACUACAAUACAUCGAACUGAAUCAACUGUUCACGAUGAGGAUACUACAGCUAGUAACGGUGAAGGUAGCAGAAGCUAUGUUAUAAAACAUUCAACUCGUCCUGGAGAAGCAAACGCAGCCACAGAAACACAUUCACAAAAUGCUUCUAAAAGUACAAACAACCAAAGUUUAUAUCUGUUAAAUGUGACCGAACCUCCAGGUGCCCCAACAGGAGUUCCGGAGGUUAUAGAAGCAGACAAUGAGGGGACCGUCAGAAACAGAAAUGAUGAAAAUGGCAGACCGCUUGUUGUUAUUGUUAACAAUUCUGGAAAUAAGCAUGUGAAACUCAACGAUUCAGAUAUUGAAGGAAUAAUAAACAAACCCUUAUCAGAUGUGGAGCUUCAGUACAUCGACUUGCAUAAUAUGUCCAAAGAGGAACCCAAAGGUAUCAAUCUCGGAGGAUCACAUAAAAACAAUACCGUCACGAAAUGCAACAAAUCCGACUAUGAAGCAAAUAAUGAGUGCGUAUGUGAUAUAGAUAACUAUGUAACAAACAUAGAAAACAAACUGAAAAAUAACUCGGAAAUCGUUGAAAAAGACCUUGAAUGCAAACAGUUCUUCAGCGUUCAGGAGGGUAUCGUUGUGUCAAACAGUACAAAGCCUACGAAGCGAAAAAAGAGAAGCCUCAUGUUCUUGACUGCCUCGGCAAGCGAGAAUAAAGUUGUUGAAAGGGACUCUGUCCAGGAUGUUGUUGGAGAGGAGUAUAAGGUACCAUCUACAGGUUCGGACUUGGUUGUCCUUCCCGGCUCUAGUGUAAAUAUCGCAUGUCAAAAUAUGGCUGAUAAUGUAGCAGGAGAACUGAGUACUAGUUAUGCUUGGACUUUCAAGAAAGAUGUACAACGGAAAGGAGAAGUUCUGGCAAACACCGAGAGUUCACUACAGCUUCAGAACGUAGAGGCGAAAGACUACGGCAACUACACCUGCAGUAAAACGAAAAACGACAAAACUGAAGAGUUCGUGCACGAGCUGCAGCUGAUAACUUUGCCGAUUUACAAAAUUACAAUGGAGGUAUCGUACAGCACUUCAGAAAGUUGUACUCUGGAAUUAGAGGACACGAUGUAUUCGUAUAUGCCGAAAAUUGUGAGCAGUAAAUUGUGCGGGGACAGUGGCAAGGUGUGCGAAGCCGACGUUCAGCGACCCAGAUGUACAGAAAUGGAAGAAAACAAUUUAUUAGAAGUGACGUUCAUCGCGACCAUCAACAACUUCAGCGGACUGCUACUAGGCGCCAUUGCUUCAAAAUGCGACAUAAAUUGCAAACUGAAACUGUACGCAAGCGCUAUCAAGUUGGUGUAUAAGAACUUCCAAAUCAUCAAAAAUUUGCCAGUUUCUUUGCAACUCAACGCGAAAGCACAUCUAAUUCCAAGAUCGGCAGAUAAACUAUCAAAAUUUACCAUACUGUGUGCUGGAGGAUAUGGUCUAGAGAAAGAAAAACAAAGGGUUUGUGUGAUGUGUCCAAGAAACACCUUCAGCAGCGACGAUGGCUCCUUUUGCAAAUUUUGUCCAAAUGGCCAGUACCAACCAGAACCCGGUUCAAAAAGUUGUAUGAGCUGCACUUCUCCUGUUGAUGACUCGAUGUGCCUGCGAAUGUUGGUAAGUGCCUUAGUUUUUCAUAUCUCAAAAACCGAACAUUGUACGAGCGUUUAA